AACAAAUUCGAUUUAAUAACACAAACAGUACAAAGCGUCUCUCACGUCCAUUCUUUUAUUUUUGAUUUUUCCCAACCUGCGUUGGAUCCGCAGCUUGUGAACCGGCUUUUGGAAGGGGUGGAGGCACCUACCUCGAAAGACAGGGACCUCCUUUUAAAAAUGUAUGGAAUUGCGCCCGGAAAUACACAGGCUUUGCUUUUUGAAAUCACAAAAAUGGUAGAAUCAUACAUGCGGCAGGCAAAUUUGGUUUUGCCACCUGCAUACGAUGUUACCUGGUUUUGUAACCAGUUUCUGGGCGUGGAUUCUUUUAAGGAUCUAAAGGAUACUUUCGUAGAUUUACAUUUCAAGGGGCGCGAAAGCUUAACUUGGAACACGGGCUUUGUUAAUUUUUAUAACGAAAUAUGGAGGGCCGAAGACUCCCCGCCGGGUAGCGCUGUAAGUGCUCCGAAUCAGCUUUUUUUGGAAAACCCAUUGGAUCAAUUUGCCAUUUACCCAAUAAUUGAUCUUCAUGUGGGCAACUUUUAUUUUACAUUUACAAAUGCAGUCUUGUAUAUGCUGCUCACUGUCGUUUUGGUCGUUUUUCUGUUUUUUGUUGUUACGAAAAAGGGAGGUGGAAAGUCAGUGCCAAAUGCAUGGCAAUCCUUGGUCGAGCUUAUUUAUGAUUUCGUGCUGAACCUGGUAAACGAACAAAUAGGUGGUCUUUCCGGAAAUGUGAAACAAAAGUUUUUCCCUCGCAUCUCGGUCACUUUUACUUUUUCGUUAUUUCGUAAUCCCCAGGGUAUGAUACCCUUUAGCUUCACAGUGACAAGUCAUUUUCUCAUUACUUUGGCUCUUUCAUUUUCCAUUUUUAUAGGCAUUACGAUCGUUGGAUUUCAAAGACAUGGGCUUCAUUUUUUUAGCUUCUUAUUACCUGCGGGAGUCCCACUGCCGUUAGCACCUUUCUUAGUACUCCUUGAGCUAAUCUCUUAUUGUUUUCGUGCAUUAAGCUUAGGAAUACGUUUAUUUGCUAAUAUGAUGGCCGGUCAUAGUUUAGUAAAGAUUUUAAGUGGGUUUGCUUGGACUAUGCUAUUUCUGAAUAAUAUUUUCUAUUUCAUAGGAGAUCUUGGUCCCUUAUUUAUAGUUCUAGCAUUAACCGGUCUGGAAUUAGGUGUAGCUAUAUCACAAGCUCAUGUUUCUACGAUCUCAAUUUGUAUUUACUUGAAUGAUGCUACAAAUCUCCAUCAAAAUGAGUCAUUUCAUAAUUGAAUAAAAACGAGGAGCCGAA